CUGGACAGUCCCGGGAGGGGUGGGGAGGGGAAGAGGACGGGGCGCGGCGGGGCGUGGCGAAGAUGCCGCCCCGGGGACGAUCCACCUAUAUAAGCGCAGGGCCGCCGGACCACCGCCUGCUUCAGCGUAGCUCUCUCGACGCACGAAGACCCACAUCAUGGCUUUCAAGCUUGUCCUCGCCCUGUGCCUGGUGGCGGCGUGCCGCGCGGCCGUCGUGCCGCAGUCGGUGGUGGAGAGCGCGGAGCCGUUCGACGCCAACCCCCAGUACACCUACGCCUACUCCGUCAACGACGGCGUCACCGGCGACUCUAAGGUGCAGCAGGAGACCCGCAGCGGCGACCUCGUCCAGGGCUCCUACUCGCUCGUCGACCCCGACGGCACCCGCCGCACCGUCGACUACACCGCCGACCCCGUCAACGGCUUCAACGCCGUCGUCUCCAAGGAGCCCGCGGCGCGCGCCUUCGUGCAGACCCCCGUCGUCGCGCCCGUCGCCGUGGCCCAGCCCGCCUCCGCCGCCGGCCCCAUUGUCGCCAAGGUGGCUGCCGCCUCCCCCAGCGUGAGCUACAACUACGCGUACUCCGUCCCCGCCGCCGUGGGCCCCGCCGUGGCGAAGGUCGCCUCUCCUGUCGUCUACUCUGGCGUGCAGACCCCUGCCUCCACUAAGGCCGCCAUCAACUACGCCUACGCCUUCCCCACUGUCUCUAACGUGGUCGCCGCCCCCGUCGUCUCCAAGGCUGCCGUCGCCACCCCCGCCGUCAACUACGCCUUCUCCGUGCCCAUUGAGGCCGCCAAGGUGAAGGCUGUCUACCCCGCUGACAAGCAGGAGAAGCAGCAGAUCGUGUACUCUGCCGUGCAGCCCGCCGCCGUUUCUGCCGUCCAGCCCAUCGCCGGCGUGCAGUCCGCCUUCGUCUCUGCCGUGCAGCCCGCCACCUACGCUGCCUACUACCAGCAGCCCCUGGCUACCCAGGAGUACGCCGUUUACGCUCCCCACCAGCAGUACGCUCUUGCCCAGCAGUACGCUCAGACCUACUCCUACCCUGCUGUCUACGCCCCUUUCUACAAGAACGCGCGCGUGCUCCGCGCCCGCCGCAGUCGCCCCCGCAGCCUCCGACGCAGUCGCCCCGCCCGCGCCCCGGCCAUGCGUCCUUCCGCGCUGCUUCUCGCCGUCGCCGUGGCCGCCGCCACGCUGCCGGGCAGCGCCCGCGCCGGCCGCCGGAAGCUCUACGCCGACCACUACCCGCGCUACUCCUUCGGCUACGCCGUGCAGGACGACUACACGGGCGACUCCAAGGGCCAGCACGAGACGCGCAGCGGCGGCGUGGUCAAAGGCAGCUACUCCGCUGUGGAGCCCGACGCACCCGCCGCACCGUCGACUACACCGCCGACCCCGUCAACGGCUUCAACGCCGUCGUCAAGCGCGAGCCCCGGUGUUCUGUUGAGCGCGACGCUGCUGGCGGUCGCCGCGAGGGCCGGCGUGCUCGCCCCGGCAGCUCCGGUGGCCGCCUACGCCCCCGCGCCCGUCGCCUACGCCCCCGCGCCCGUGCCCGUGGCGCACGCCGCCGCGCCCGUGGCCGUGGCGGCGCGCCUCGAGUACGCCGACAGCUACCCGCAGUACCAGUUCGCGUACACGGUGCGCGACGCGCUCACGGGCGACUCCAAGGCGCAGGAGGAGACGCGCGACGGCGGCAUCGUCAAGGGCAGCUACUCGCUCAUCGAGCCCGACGGCGUGCGGCGCACCGUCAACUACUACGCCGACCCGGUCAACGGCUUCAACGCCGUCGUGCAGCGGGACGUGCCCGUGGCCGUGGCGGCGGCCGUCAAGGCGGCGCCCGUCGCGCCCGUGCUGGUGCGCUGAGCGGCUGCAACGCUCCCCCCGUCUGGUGCCGCCCCCCUCCCCCGACCGACUCCUCCGCCCAUUCGCUCCUCCCGCUGAUAUUCCACCGUCCACGGUCGAUUGUCUAGCUUGCCCAGCUCCCACCACACCACGUUUUCUCAAAUGUAAAUAGUGUUUUUGAACGUUCCUCAUUCGCUGCAAACCGAAAUUACCCCAAUAUCCCGAUUUUGCAUCAUUCCUGUAGUUAGACUCUAGUUAUUUUUCUCCUCGAUCCGUUUUUCUAUUUCUUCUCCCCUUGGAACCUUUUGGAGACGAAGCGGAGGAUGUCCUUCCCGCGGGAGAAGUGACCACCUGGGGUAGGCGGAGAACCAACGGGGCCAUCUCGUUACCUGUGUUGUUAUUGUUACUACCUGCCGCUCUGUUGCACGGCCAUGUAUAUUGUUCGUUUUGUAUCGUACCUCUGCUACUUUUUAUACCGACUGUAUGUAUGCUUUCUGCUGUAUGCACGUUCCUACGCAAGCAAUAAAUUGUAUAGUACUCGCUGACUACUGGGUUUUAUUACCUUUCCCUUCUAUAUUUUCCUUCCUUCUAGCUGUUGAGUACAGUAACUUUGAUGACGUGUUGAAAAUAGUCAAUGUGUUCGUAUCAGAAGCCAAGUCUCAAUUUUCUGCUUAUUAUUUGGUUUCUGGUGAUGUUCGUAUUCUCUCCUUAAUGCUAUUGCAUCUCUUCCUUUUCAGAAGUAGAUGAAAGUGACUCUGAAUAUAAAUUUAUAUAUUAAUACUAAAAUUUUCAAAAGAAAGAAUCACAUACCAAAUCUUAAUCAGAUACCAGUUCUGAAAAAUAAUAUUAGUAUUGUUCAUUUCUAAGUUUCUCUCCAUGGUCUCUUCAACCAAAUUUGCCAAACUUAGCUGCAUUUCUUUAUUAAUUUAGAAUUGUAUAAAUAUUUCGUAACAUACACCUUUUCUUUAUUUGACAACCAGUCUAAAAAGGUUAAUGAAAUAUAAAAAUUACUUCCUUAAUCAAAUUUUGGAUAAAUGAGCAUCAAUAAAUUGAUUUAUAUUACUUCUGUAUUGUGAUUUUUUUUCUUCAAAAACGGUUUUAAUACUGAUGUGAUGUUGAAGUAACUACAUCGAUUGAUUCAUUAUUUUGUUUCCAAACACUUUAACUGCAGUUGUCACAAGUCCUUAAAGGAUGCUGUAUCCCGAAAGAGUAGAGACAAGGAUGAGGAAAGAAUUGAUCCAUGAAAUUUCCUUUAGAGAGCCGGUCAAUUCCGUCUCUAUUUAUCUAACUAGCGGCUAACAAUAGUGCCUCCGAGAUUCGACUCUAGGACUUCCAGGUCAGAAAUGCUGCAGUGAUGAAAGCUUUUGCUCUAAGCCCUUUUUUAAUUUUUUUUUAGUUAAGGUCGCAUCGAUAUCUAGGACAUAAGCGACUACUGUUGGAUUGAACGUUAUUGUAACUGUGAAGAAGACAUGAUAUGAUGAUGAAGGGGGUGAAUAGACGAACACACAACCAUACCUGAGGCGGGACUUGAUAUCGCGAUCCUUCAGUCAGAGAUCGCUACGGCACUACUGCCUUAACUAUCGCGUCUAAGCCAUUUACACCGCUAACAAAAUUGAGAAUUGCGGCUAAUAAAAAUGGAAAAUACUAUUACUUUUUCAAAAAUUCAGCAAAAGAGAUUUUCCAAUCAUUUAAUAUGUAUAACGAUCCUUUGUUAACUUUAGCUAACCUUAAUAAUUUAUUCAAUAUUACUAUUAUAUGUGUUGUAUCCUAAUGUUGUACAAGUAAUGUAUGGAAAUGAAAUUAUAGAGAAUAAAUGUUAUUACCUCUGAAUCU